AUGCAGUGCAAAGCUCUUUUGACCAUCGCUUUUGCAGUGGCUGUUGCCGCUCUACCUCCAAGCGGACAUCAAGCUGAACAGAGUAACCAGAUCUCCAUUAAGGAGGCCAAGGAUCAGUGCCCAGGGGGUGAAGUUGCUUGCUGCAUCAAUAAUGAAGAAAUCAAUGGUGAUGGUGUUCUGGGCAACCUUUUGCAAAAGGGUCUUCUUUUGAACAAUGUUCUGGGUACUCAGGACUCAGCUUGUGCAAAGACAAGCUUGAUUGAGAACCUCAACUUGCUCGGCUUUACUCAGGAAGGUAGCGACGGUCCCUCCUGCUCGGCAUCAACCGCUUGCUGCUCUGGUGACGACUGCAAGGUUCUCUAA